AUGCGAUUCCCCUUGACAAAGGCAGAAAUUCCAAAUGUGGUGAUAAAAUACCUGCAUAAACAAGGCAAGAGGGAUCAGGUCUUCAAGAACAGCCCCCCAGGUCUAAAUUUCAUCGAUUCUUUCACCGCCAAAACUAGUCUGACCAUCAGGAUUGCAUCAAACAUCAAGCAGUCCAGGUCGUCCGUCAACCGCGAUGACAUUAUGAUCUUUUUUAACGCUGAACUUGCCAUUUCCUCAGUGAAGGUG